UCAAGCCCAAUAACUGUUCCUUCUUUAACACCAACACUCGAAUCUAAUUUCACCGGCGAUGUUGCAGAUCUACGGUUUUUUUUUUUUUUUGCUGGGCUUCGGUUUGGAGUUUGGAGGCGUCGAGGUGAGUGAGAACGUGAAAACUGAAAACAGCCCUAAUCAUAUGUCAAAAGCAAUCAGACUGGUAAAAAAAAAAAUUUACCAAGUCAAACAGGGCUUUUUUGGUUUGCCACUGUUCUGUCAGCGUUUAUACCCCACGCGCUGUUAACAGACAAUUAACUCCCACUAUGGUUUUAGGAAAGUAACAGGCCCCAGAACCUAAAAUGGACUAGGAAAAGGAUCGAGGUCGGCAAAACUUCAUAAAUAUCUCCUAUAAAUAAUCUCCCAUUGCGUGCUUUCGAUCUCUUUGUUUUUCUAGAAGUCUUCCACAAGCGCAAUGGGGAACAUCAUCUUCAUCUCUUUAUCAUGCUAUGGCGUUCUUUCCCGUUGCUGGGAUUCCAUCACCAGACGAGCGACAUAUGUAGGGCUUGAAGGUGCUUUGAGCAACCCCUCUCCCUCAUGGGAUGGUUAUAUUAACGAUGACCUAAUUGUUGAGAUACUGUCGCGGCUUCCAGCCAAAUCUUUACUACGGUUUCGUUGUGUAUGCAAGUCAUGGCUUGCUUUGAUCUCUGAUCCCUAUUUUGCUAGGAAGCACAUCAGCACAUACAACAACAGGUUGAAGCUUCUUGAGACAGUCAAUCCCACCAGAUCCAUAGACUUCGAAGCAAUAUUAAAGGAUGACGAUCGGGUGGGAUAUACCGUCCUACCAGAAGCACCAAGAUUAUGGGUUCUGGGUUCCUGCAAUGGCUUGAUAUGCCGGGAAGAAGACGAGGGAGGUGAUCUUAUCUUAUGGAACCCUUCUACUCAAGAUACAUACAAGUUACCGGAACAAAUUAAAACUAGAAAUCGUCAGUUUUUUGGAUUUGGUUAUGAUUCCACCAAUGAAGAUUACAAGGUCAUAGUAGGCCUUGAAACCGAAAUUACAGUCUUUACAUUAAAAACCGGCUCAUGGAAGAUUGUUGAACAGUCCGAGUACGUUGGAAGGUUUUGUGGGGAGGGGUGCUUAUUGAACGGAGCUCUACAUUGGCUAGAGGACAGUCGGUCAAAAUUCACAAUAAUCUCUUUUGAUCUGGUGGAGGAGAAAUUUCAGGAGUUGCCACCACCCGAUAUUUGGAGGAGGAAAGAAGUCUCCCUUGGUAUUGGGAAAACUAUUGGCAACUGUCUCUUCCUAUAUCUUUAUGAUUACAAGCGUCAUACAUCCCAAACAGGUAUUGCAUUUACAAUAUGGGUGCUGAACGAAUAUGGGGUGAAUGAAUCUUGGACUAUAGUUGUUCAAAUUCCUUCUUCUAGUCUAUCUCCUUGUCAUAUUUUUGAUUAUGAACCGAUUUUGGUUUUAGAGGAUGAUAAAGUUUUGAUGAAUCGGAUCAGCAAUAGAAGCGAGUGGAACCAAUUGGUAUUGUAUAAUCCCAAGGAAAACCGUCAAAAGAAAUAUAGGCGUCUUAUUCAUGACUAUUACAUAAUGCCCAAAUUAUACGUGGAGACUUUAGUAUCGCCAAAAACAGGUAGAUAGUGGUUCAUACU